CAUUUGCUGCCAUUGCCGCCUGAUCUCAUUUGAACUCCAAAACCCUAUCAAAAACCCUCUCUACUUUCUUCGCAGUUGGUAAAAAUGUCAGGUUCUAGAUUGUUCUUUCUCGUCGGACCUUCUAUUAUUAGCAAAUGCGGUAAAUCUACAACUGUAAUCUCUUCUCCAUUCUCUCAAAUUCGCUUCGUAAAUCCAUUGCUUUCCCCUGUUGUACCUUUCCGCAGUUACAAUUGUACCUCUGCUACACUCGAGACCAAUACUCCCGUCGAACCAUCGGUUAGUACGAGGAGUAAUCAUCCAUGGCCAGAAUGGGUUGCUUUUGUAGACCGUUUGAAAAGCAAAGGAUACAUUACGGGGAGUGGGAGCACGAGUGAUGAUGGCUGUAGACACGUGAUUUUUGACAAUGCUGAUGAUGACAGUAUUUAUACGGAUAUGAAUUUGGUGAAAGACGCUUGUCUUAAUUUCUCUCGUCAUCGUUCCGACAUUUUCAAAAAGCUGUCCGCCCAAGAUAUGCAAACAGUUGUGGGAAAGGGUUGUCCUAAUUUGUUCAGGAAGGUUGUAAACUCUGCGAAAAGGCUACGGAUGCAUCUAAACCUCGAUGAAGGAGAUGUAUGUGGUGCUUGCAAUCUCCGUGGAUCAUGUGAUAGGGCUUACUUGAUAUUAAAGGAGUCUGAGGGUGACGCACGUACGGUAGAUAUUGUGCGAGUCUUGCUUAUUUAUGCAUUGGAUUCUGCAGUUAUAUCAAAUGGAGCAAUGCCUCCUGGGAGCGAGCUUAUCGAGGUAUCUGCAAGACAAUUGCUCUCUGAGUUGGUUGAAUUAAGUGAGACACCUGUUGAUCCUGAACACUCAGCACCUGCCCCCAAGGUUUCUUCAAGCAAGAAACAGUCUGUUGGCUCAAGAAAAGAUGGUCUGGAAGGUGCUGAAAUGAAAAGAAAAGACUCAAUUGGUCUUGAGAGAGAAAUGCCUAAAGAAGGUUUAAAUGUUGAAAGGAAGCCAGGAGAUUGGGUCUGUUCGAUGUGCAACUUCGUGAACUUCUCCCGCAAUGCACGGUGCCUGAAAUGCAAAGCAGAAGGACCUAGUCGAGAAGCUCGUCCGGUUCAAGAAAUGAAAACGGGAGAUUGGAAUUGCCCACAAUGUACCUUCAUGAAUUUUGCUAGUAAUACCAAAUGUUUACGCUGCCAAGAGCAGCGUCCCAAGAGACAGCUGAAUCCUGGAGAAUGGGAGUGCCCCUCAUGUGACUUCUUGAACUACAGGAGGAACAUGGUCUGCAAGAAAUGCAGUUGUGAACGUCCCAAGGAUGCAAAGGCACAUUCAGAAUACGAGCAGCAACUUUGGACAAAGCCAUACUAAUGUAGCUAAAGAUCAGCUCACACGAUCGAUUGAUGAUAGUAUCACAACAAAAUAUAGUUGACACAGUUUUUUGGUGCUUCAGGUGAGUGGAUAUGGAAAUGGGAAUAACAUACCUAUGCAUACAUUUCUUCCUCUGGAUAUUACUUUAGCAACUUAGAGUUGUUUGUUUAGUCUUAUUUUAUUUUUUCCUGUAGUAGUUUGUAAUCUGGUGUUUCGUGGCCACUUGUUAUUAUUGUUUGAAAGUUAUAAGAAUAUAUUGGAUGGCAGUUCAAUUUAAUAAAUGAAGUUAACAAGUCCUGGUUCAUGUGGCA